GAGAAAAAAAACGGGGAUUUAAAGGCAAACGCAUCCCCAAAAAAAGAGCGAGAAAAUGAUGGCCGGCGGAGCAGUACAGCAAAACGGGAUCUUCUCAAAUCCUCAUCAUCACAAUCAACCUCCGCACAUGGAGUCAGAUCCUCCGGACUCACGCAAAAGACCUCUGGAGACCCCGACGGAGGCCAGCAGCACCAAACGCACAAACACAGGAGUGGCCUUCCUGCAGCCCCUAUUUGAAACUGAAGGCAUUGUAUUCCCUCACCAAGAAACUGAGACUCAUGAGGAAGGCGAGUACUUCCUGAAGGUUUUGAUUCCCAGCUAUGCGGCGGGCUCCAUCAUCGGUAAAGGAGGUCAGACCAUCGUCCAGCUGCAGAAAGAGACCGGAGCCACCAUCAAACUGUCCAAAUCCAAAGACUUCUAUCCGGGAACGACAGAGCGCGUGUGUCUGAUCCAGGGGACGGUGGAGGCGCUGAAUGGCGUCCACGACUUCAUCGCCGAGAAGGUGAGGGAGAUGCCUCAGAGCACCCAGAAGACGGAGCCAGUCAGCAUCCUGCAGCCACAGACCACCGUCAACCCCGACCGCGUCAAACAGGCCAAGCUAAUCGUCCCCAACAGCACGGCAGGGCUGAUCAUCGGAAAAGGUGGCGCAACAGUCAAGGCGGUGAUGGAGCAGUCCGGGGCGUGGGUCCAGCUAUCCCAAAAACCUGAGGGCAUCAACCUGCAGGAGCGUGUGGUCACCAUCAGUGGGGAGCCGGAGCAGAACCGCAAAGCUGUUGAGAUCAUUGUCCAGAAGAUCCAGGAGGACCCACAGAGCUCCUCCUGCCUCAACAUCUCCUACUCCAACAUCACAGGGCCCGUCGCCAACUCCAACCCCACCGGCUCCCCGUACGCCAACUCGACCGAGGUCAUGCCGGCCGCGGCGGCCGCUGCCGCAGCCACGGCUUCCUCUCUGCUUGGCCAGGCCAGCCUGGGUGGGAUGGGGGCCUUCCCGACCACCAUGUCCAGCCUCUCAGGCAACGACCUGCUGACCAUCACCUCCGCCCUCAACACGCUGGCCAGCUACGGCUACAACACCAACUCCCUGGGCCUUGGUCUGAAUCCCGCCGCAGCCUCAGGGGUGUUAGCAGCUGUAGCGGCUAAUGCUAACCCGGCAGCAGCUGCCGCGGCUAAUUUGUUAGCAUCCUACGCCAGCGAUGCAUCCACCAGCGCAGGUCACCCAGCCGGCCUCGGAGGCUUCACCCUGGGAUCCCUGGCUGCUGCUACAGGGGCAACCAAUGGCUACUUAAGUGCUGCGUCGCCCCUGGUGGCGUCAUCUCUACUGGCCACAGAGAAGCUAGCAGAAGGAGCAAAGGAAGUCGUCGAGAUUGCCGUGCCAGAGAACCUGGUGGGAGCCAUCUUGGGGAAAGGCGGGAAGACGCUAGUGGAGUACCAGGAGCUGACAGGAGCCAGGAUCCAGAUCUCCAAGAAAGGCGAGUUCAUCCCCGGAACUCGGAACAGGAAGGUGACCAUCACGGGUUCCCAGGCCGCCACGCAGGCUGCACAGUACCUGAUCAGCCAGCGAAUCACCUACGAGCAGGGGGUACGUGCCACCAACCCACAGAAGGUGGGCUAAACCUGACAGCAAAUGAGAAACGAGGAGGAAAAGAGGAAAAAAAAAGAGUGGGGGCUUGGGGGAGGAGUAUAAAAGAAGUAAGAGUGAGAACGGAAAAAAGGAGAGGAGAGCAAGAAUGUCAGAAGGAAAUCGUCCGCGCUGUUUUCUUCUGCGUGUUUUCAGUAUUCUCUAUAAAAAAAGUUUUUGGACGCGAAGCAAAAAUGUGCUGAGAAGACGAGGAGGGAGAGGAGCGAGUUAUCACGCUGAAAAACCAAGAAAAAAAAUUGUGUAACAUGUAAAUAAGGUUUUAUUACUUAACGUCUUGACCUUUCGGGAUUUUUUUAUUGUUUUGUUUCAUUGUUUUAUUGUUUGGUUUAGUAAAUUAAGCUGUCUGUUUGUUCGU